AUGUUCAUCAAGAACGACCACAUUGGUGACAGAACUCGUUUGGAAGACUGGAGAAUUAAAGGUUACGAUCCAUUGACACCACCGGACUUGCUUCAGCAUGAAUUUCCAAUUUCUGAGAAAGGCCAUAAGAUCAUUAUUGAUGCCAGAGAGGCAGUUUGUGACAUUUUAAAUGGUAAAGAUGACCGUUUGGUGAUCGUUAUUGGCCCAUGUUCGAUUCAUGAUCCGAAGGCUGCGUACGAGUAUGCUGACAGAUUGGCCGAGGUAUCCAAGAGACUCUCAAAAGACCUGUUGAUCAUCAUGAGAGCUUACUUGGAGAAACCAAGAACCACUGUUGGCUGGAAAGGCUUGAUCAAUGAUCCAGAUAUCGAUAAUUCGUUCCAAAUCAACAAAGGUUUGAGAAUUUCGAGAGAAAUGUUCACCAAAUUGGUGGAAAAGCUGCCUAUAGCUGGUGAAAUGCUGGAUACUAUCUCGCCGCAAUUCUUGAGUGAUUGUUUCUCCUUGGGUGCUAUCGGUGCCAGAACGACUGAAUCUCAAUUGCAUAGAGAGUUGGCCUCUGGUUUAUCUUUCCCAAUCGGCUUCAAAAAUGGUACUGAUGGUGGACUUCAAGUAGCCGUUGAUGCAAUCAGAUCCGCUUCCCAUGCUCACUACUUUUUGUCUGUCACAAAACCAGGUGUCACUGCUAUCGUCGGUACUGAAGGCAACAAAGACACUUUUAUCAUUCUGAGAGGUGGCAAAACGGGCACCAACUUUGAUUCCAAAGGCGUCAAGGAAGCUAAGGCCCAAUUGUUGAAGCACAAAUUGAUUGACGAAAACGACACACAAAGAAGGAUCAUGAUUGACUGUUCGCACGGCAACAGCAACAAAGAUUUCAGAAAUCAACCAAAGGUUGCCCAGAAUAUCCACGACCAGUUGGAAGCAGGUGAAAAUGGAAUUUGCGGUGUCAUGAUCGAGUCCAAUUUGGUUGAGGGCAGACAAGAUGUGGCCCCCGAAGGUGGCCGUGCCGGCCUCAAGUACGGUUGCUCCAUCACAGAUGCCUGUAUUGGUUGGGAGUCUACUGAACAGGUCUUAGAGCUGUUGGCCGACGGUGUGAGAAAAAGAAGGACUGCCCUUGGUAAAUAA